GAGACCUUCUCCAACCGAGUCAUCAUCCACGAACUCUGCAGCUACUCGGUGUGUUACACACACAGUCACACACACACACAUUAAAAUGCAGCUUUGGUUAGAAUGGUUACGUAAGCUACCUGUCCAUUCGCUAACACACAUUCAAGCCUUCGUUUUAUUUAGUCAACCGCAUGCACAUACACGCGCACACACACACACACACUCAAUCACACACUCACAAAGCCCUGUUAAACCACUUUGAAGCAAACCCCCCCCCCCCUCCAUGCAUUCACAAUUUAUCUUCAAAUGGAAGGAUCAAGCUGUUCCAUCCAGCUCCUCAUAUGUAGCUACACACACUAAACCUAAGUCUUGGUUUUAUAUCACCUUAUCUCACAUGGCACACACACACACACACACACACACUCAAAGCCCUGGAAAAGCAAGUUGUCGACAGUACACUUAUCUUUGACCCCUUCCCUCCUUGCACUCUCUAUGGUCUCUCCAAAUAGACAGAGAAAGCUGUGUUCCAACCAGCCUCUCAUAUGCUGCUUCCUUCCCACUGAAUAAUUCAGACCUCCCAUUGCUCCCUGCAUCACUCCGCCUCAAGACACUCACACACUGUUCUGGAGUCAGUUCUUUCACACCUCCCAGGCCUACUGCAGUGUGUUACUGCACUCCCUACUCUGACCUCAGUGCUACUCUCAGCAGGCUCCCAUGGUGAAUGAAUGCGCUGUGAGUUAAUGAGGUCAAGCACAUUGCAUUAGCGUCUAACGAGGCUAGCGUGGCUAUUUUAAAUCCGUUACGCAGCUAUCCUUAUGAAGAACAGUUAGAGUUAGCUAGCGGAUGCUAACAAGGCUAGGCAGCUCAAUUAGACUGAGCUAAUAGGCUAGAGUUGGCUAAAGCUGACAUAUUUUGGUAGCCAAAGAAAACAGGUAUCCAAUUCCGGAAAUAGCCAUCGGAGCUAGCCAAAGAGCUACAUAGUAAAAUAAGCUCUUUCAUAAGUUGUAUGUCACGGAGGGAUUACUGUAUGACUUGCCUUGGUUUGCCAGGCAGGGUCUAUGACAUUCAACACUCUCACUCCCGACCUAUCUAACGCACUCUACUCACUGACAUCCAACAAAAUCUAUUUUUAUACAAUCUCGGGCUGUGUGUGAAUGUGCUGUCUGCUUGAUACCAUAUCAAUAUUUGUUGGCAUAUAACGACACAACCUGUCAGUAUUGGUAAAAUGCCAGUGGAUAGUGUGUCAUCGGUACGCACUCCCACACAUAGCUGAGGAUGUGUAGCUUGCAGUGUGCGUCAGCGCUCGGCACAGAGUCACAUUGCCGUGUGUGGUUGCCACGGUAACACGUGUAUCUUCUCUUUCGUGUGUGUGCAGGCCCACCCUGAGAAUGACGACUGGACGUGUUUCGAGCAGUCGGCCAGCCUGGACAUCAAGUCCUUCUUCGGCUUCGAGAGCACGGUGGAGAAGAUAGCCAUGAAGCAGUACGCCAGCAGUAUCAAGAAGGUGUGUAUGAGCCAGAUCAUUAGACAGUAACAGUAAGAAAACAGACUCAAAGGUGGCGGGACUACCUGAACCUUGUCCAAUAAGAAAUGCUGGCUUUCGUUUUCCAUUGGUACGUUGCGCCCUAAUGAAUACAACCCAGAUGUAUCACAUUUAGAGAAUUCACCAGACGCCAAACAUUUCCCUCGUGCAAAAAGAAUGAAUCCAACUAGGCUCCAUUUCAAGUGAAUUGAAAUUCCAAUUCAACAUUCGAAAAUAACCUAAUUGUAUUGGGAAUUUAAUGCAUCUCCUGCAUUGAGUUAAUUGAAAUGGAACCGACCCCAACCACGGAAUGCAGUGUUGAUACAGCAGACAUACCAUUGGGCCGUCUAGUGCUAAGUGGCUCUUCUUAUGUAAUGUAAGCCAAUUUGCCGAGCUAGUGUAAACAAAGGUAAGCUUGUGUAAAUUCCUAGUCCCUAUUGAGCCCCCUUCCCUAUUAAUAACUCUAACUCUCUCUCUCUUUCUUAUUUUUCUCACUCUCUCUCCUCCCCCGUACUCCCAACACCCCCCUCUCUCCAUCUCUCUUGCUCUCUCUCGCUCCUUCCUCCCCCUCCCCCUCCCCCUCUUUAGGGUAAGGAGAUCAUAGAGUUCUACCUAAACCAGCUAGAGGAAGAGGGGAUAACCCACGUGCCCCGCUGGACUCCCUCCUCCUCCGUCACCACCAAACCCAUCUGUGCCACCCCAAAGGUCCUCCACCUGGAGCUCCCUGUCACUCCCGCUGUCUCAAUCCCUGUGUCUACUGAUGCCAAUCACCAUGAGAUUGCCAAUGCCAGCAAUAAUGAUGCCACCCAAAGUGAUGCCACCAGCAACGAUGCCAAUAGCCAGCCUGACAACCAGACAGAGAACCAGACGGGCACACCUGAUGGUUAGUACUAAUUAAUGAUUGAGACACUGUUCAAAAGUUUCAAUACAUUAGUACAAUGGGAAACACUCUUUUUAAGUGGUGUUUAGCUGUGUGAGUGAUUUGAAUGAGAUUGAAUUGAGAGUUCUCUAAAUGGUGUGUGUGUGUGUGUUGUAGACAAGUUGGAUGCAGACUACAUCAAGCGCUACUUGGGAGACCUGACGCCUCUGCAGGAGAGCUGUCUGAUCCGACUACGCCAAUGGCUGCAAGAGAGCCACAAGGGCAAGGUGAGACACACACCCUUACAGCUUUCAAUACACACAUACUAAAGCAUAUUCUAUCUUUUAAAAUCAUACUCAGCUACUUGAGACACAAACAUAGAGGCAUGUGUGACAUGCUCGCACACGCACGCUCUUACCCUGCCCCCUUCUGAACACCACCCCCCACCUCCCCCCCUUGGAGACCCUUGCCCUCACUCCCUCCUCUCCCUCCUCGCCACCUUUCCAGAUCCCUAAGGACGAGCACAUCCUUCGUUUCCUGCGGGCCAGGGACUUUAACAUGGAGAAGGCCAGGGAGAUCCUGUGUCAGUCCUUAACAUGGAGGAAACAGCACCAGGUGGACUAUCUGUUAGAGACGUGGACGUCACCACAGGUCCUCAACGACUACUACACUGGAGGGUGGCACCACCAUGAUAAAGGUAUGGAGGAUGGACACAGAGAGAGAGAGAUGCUAAGGCAUGCGCACGCAUACACACACAAUUAGUCGCUAAUAAUUGUCAUGGAGUCUUGAUUUGAUGUAGAGGGGUAGUCAUAUGAUGUUCACAAAAUACAGUGGUCACUCAGAAUUAGACACACAUGGCACAAACCCUUCUGCACUCGCAUUAUUUACGCAUGGUAAAAAAAAACUGUUGUGUGUGUGUGUCUUGUUUCUUUAAGUUGUUAACAGAAGUAACUUCCCAAAACGCCACUUUCUAUUUAAGUAACAGAAAAAUAAGUCCCUGUCUAAGCCACAACUUCCUGUCACACACCAUAUUUGUCCAAUGAAGGAAUAUAACUUAGAAUUGACUGCAUUGCAGUUCACCAGUCCCAAUUUCAAAUACAUUGUUGUUACUUCAUACUUGCCCUGGGUAUUUGCAUGCUCUGGUUUAUUGUUGUCUUAACGGCAGUCCCAAGGCGUUGCCCUCAUCACACAAUUAACUGUAUUAAGGAUGUUAACCGUUAAUCUGUUAGCUGCCGAAAAUACAUUUGACAGGUCAUGCUUAUCGGUCUAUAGGUUAAUUUGCAUAAGAGCGUAGUUUGAGGAGCGGAAUAUCCAAUCACCAGUCAGACAGCGCGAGAGCAGCUCCUCAAAAAGCUGAUACUGGAGUCUAACGUGCUUUUCGAAGCCCAGUCAUUGCACAACAAAUAGCAAUUCUAAAUGCAAUCGUGUGUUAAACUGUUUUGAUGGCCACGAUUAGAAAAAGAGCUACUGUUUUUAUUUCUCAAUCUCAACUCGUAAUUAAAGCGCGCCUCCCAUUCGCCAUUCGAGUGCAUAGGCUAAAGUCAAUGGUAGGCAGGCUAUCACCGCGACACCCACCACUUUACAAUGUGAGCUUGAGGCAGUAUAAUUGUUUGAAACCAGAACGUUUUACUUUACUUCAAAUAAUGAGGCAUGUCUUACCUUGCUUCAAAGUAGCCUUACCAAAAUUCAUCCUUCCUCAUACCAUUUAACCAGAAUUAUUUUAUAAAGACUUCCUCAUACCAUUUAACCAGAAUUAUUUUAUAAAGACUUCCUCAUACCAUUUAACCAGAAUUAUUUUAUAAAGACUUCCUCAUACCAUUUAACCAGAAUUAUUUUAUAAAUACUUCCUCAUACCAUUUAACCAGCAUUUCUCACCUGUUCUAUUGGUUUUCAUAUCAACCUUCUUUCGUUGUCCAGAAGCCAAAGUCACAAUCCUUGUCAUAUUAGCAACCCAUCCUAGUUGUUGCUAAUAGAUUCCCCCUUUCCAGGUUUCUAGCUGAGAUUUUAAUCUCUGUUAUAUAUGGAGCCACUUGCAUGAGGUGCGCUGUUUAGAACGGUGUUUUCCCACAAAUUGCAUUUUGGCAAAUGUUUGAAAAUGACAUUUUAUUAGCUGCUUCAUUACAGGAGUUGCAUGUUCAAUAAUAGGCUAUAGCCUUUUGACUGUAAGACGAUAGGCUUGCUAUUGUUGCAUGUGUCUCGUAAUGAAAAAUAUCCAUUCCUUGUAUGCAUGCAUAAAAACUGUAACUGUUUGUUGACUGGUUAAUGAGGGUUGGUUAGUCGACAGCAAAAUUGACCGAAAUGUGCAUCCUUAGACUAUUCAAAUAUACUGAUGUCUGUGUGUCCUUCCAGAGGGUCGUCCUCUCUAUAUCCUGCGUCUGGGACAGAUGGACACCAAGGGGCUGGUCCGAGCCCUGGGGGAGGAGUCUCUACUCAGACACGUGAGUGGGCCUCUUCUGCUGUCAAUCACACGUGGUAACUAAAGUGUGUGUGUGUGUGUGUGUGUGUGUAAGCAUAACCACAUUAAGUGUGUGUGUGUGUUUUAAACCUUCAGGUUCUAUCCAUAAACGAGGAGGGCCUCAGGCGCUGUGAGGAGAACACCAAAGUCUUCGGCCGACCAAUCAGGUACACACCCGUUGCUAUUUGGUAGUAGCUCCACCACUCCCUCUGAUAGGUCAAGUAGAGUUUAAGCCAUAUUGCAUACACCUGUCCAAGCCUCUCAGAUCUACAGGACACAAGUUCCGUGGGAGAAGGGGACUAAACAGUAUUGAGUCCUAUGGGAGCUCUGUAGCUGUUGCUAAGCUAACGUGUAUCAUGGGAAUUGCCUUGGUGCAGUGGGGUUAUUAACGCAGAGAGUGCCGAGUGUGGGGGAUGCUCUUUAAAGUUAAAGCUAUCUCUAGGCAAGAUGGAAAGAAUGUGGAGGGUUCCUCUCUGAAAGGUGUGGGUGUGAGAGAGAGGGAAAUGGAGCGAGUGAGAGGAGAAACUGAAAAAACAGAGAGAAGGUGAGAAUGGCGCCGUUAUCUGGCAGCUGUCAGGCUUAUCAGAUGGACGUGACUGUGGAGCGAAGCCAUGCAGGAAUGUAUCUGAAGUGUGCUAGGGUGGAAAGCCACGGAGCUUCGCUCACAUAAGACGGAGGGAGCGAGAUAGCCCCUGAGUGGGAGGAAUCUGUCUCUGUUUUUUGAAGUCAUAGGAUCGUAUUUGGAAAUGUAAUGUGUAUUGUCCUUACAAUCUGUGUAUAGUAUUUAAAUUCUCGCCCUCCUACCUCCUCUCUCUCUCUUUCGCUCUUCCCUCUAGUUGUUGGACGUGUCUGGUGGACCUCGAAGGGUUAAACAUGCGCCACCUGUGGCGACCGGGGGUUAAGGCCCUUCUGAGGAUCAUUGAGGUGGUGGAGGCCAACUACCCAGAGACCCUGGGACGUCUGCUCAUACUGAGGGCUCCUAGAGUCUUCCCUGUGCUCUGGACCCUGGUGAGACACUAUGAAACACUAGGGCUGGAGACUCCUAAAUGGCACCCUAUUCCCUAUGUAGUGCUCAUAGGGCAAUUUGGCAUGAGGUAUUUAGGUGGGAGCAGUAGGGUGACGACUCCUCCCCCCUUCUCUGUGUUCAGGUGAGCCCAUUCAUCGAUGAGAACACCCGUAAGAAGUUCCUGAUCUACGCCGGUAAUGACUACCAGGGCCCUGGCGGCCUGCUGGACUACAUAGACAAGGAGGUCAUCCCAGACUUCCUGGGAGGAGAGUGUAUGGUGAGUCACUGUGUGUGUGGUGUCAUCACCCAGCAUAGUCACAUUGUCGUAUGGUUGCCAUGAUAAUGUUUAUGUCCCUUUUUCGUGUCUGUGCGUGCAUAUAAAGCAGAAUUUCCAUUUAGGAUCAUAGCAAACAUAUACUUUCUAUGACGUUUUUGUUCUCAUAUGGACUAAUGUGUGUGUGUCUGUGUGCAGUGUGAAGUCCCAGAGGGAGGCCUGGUGCCCAAGUCUCUGUACCGUACUGCAGAGGAGCUGGAGAACGAAGACAUCAGCCUGUGGACAGAGACUAUCUACCAGAGUGCCAGCGUCUUUAAGGGAGCACCCCACGAGGUGAGCCCCAACACACUGCACAUCGGCUGGGGGAGAGCAGAGAGGACUCGAGGAGAGAGGGGCGACUGGGGCCUUAGCUGGAGCUUUCAAGUCAUUUGUGGGAGGAGGAGAAAUAAGAGAGAGAGAGAAGGGCAGAUAGGAGAGAGGAGAGAAAGAGAGAGAUGGGGAAAGAGAUAUGGGAAGAAUGAGAGAAAGAUGUGGAUAGAAAGACGGAGGAAAAAAACAAGCCAAACGUUGGUCUGCUGAAGUUACUUGACCAACACUGCCACCCACUGGAGGAAUCCUGAAAGUGCAUUCAAACUGAUCUUCAGACAUUUAGCCACUGUUCUGUCACAAAUUGAACAUGAACUUUGCUUUGAGAGGAAUCUGCACCCAUUUUGUUAUUUUGUUUCUGUUAUAUAAAAGUAGAGGUGAUAUAAUCUGUUAAAAAAGGAGCCAUGCCAUGUGGAUACUAUUCGGUAGAAAUCUGCAGUCUGACCUCCGUCUGUCAUCUGUUCUUUUUGCUCUCUUUAAUUAUUUCUCAAUCUCUCUCUUAUUUCUACUCUUCUCAUCUCUUUUCUCAUCCCUCCCUCUCUUUCUCCUUUUCUCUCCCCUCCCUUCUUCAACCCUCCUCUUUUCCUCUCCCUGCUUUCCCUCUCAGGUGGGGAUCGAGAUCAUCGACGCCUCCUCUGUGAUCACCUGGGACUUUGACGUGUGUAAGGGCGACGUGGUCUUCCACAUCUACCACUCCAAGCGCGCCCCCCAACCCCCCCGCAAGGACCCCCUAGUGGGGCAACACAGCAGCAUCACCACCCCCGGGGGGAACAACGUCCAGCUCAUAGACAAGUCCUGGACCUUAGGCCGGGACUACAGCAUGGUGGAGUCACCACUCACCUGCAAGGAGGGGGAAAGCGUGCAGGUCAGUAUUGGAGCAGACUAGUUAUUCAUAGUGUUGAGAAAGAUAUGAGGCAUGCAGGUGGCACUUUGUCAGUGCCUAAGAACAUCUCUUGACUCAAUUAACGAAAUUAAGAUUGACUCAUUAAAAUAUACAGGUUUGCAUAUUACACCAAUGUUGAAACCAGUUGUUUAGUGUUAAGUGUGAUUUAAAUGACAUUCAAUACUUAAUGAAUCUAAUGUUAAGAACAUCCAGAUUGACAAUGAUUAAAACCUCUCAUCUAAUGCAUCUCUCUUUCCCCCAUCUCUCCCUCUCUCCUCCCCCUCUCGCCGUCCCUCUCCCAGGGCUCCCACGUGACCAGAUGGCCCGGGUUCUACAUCCUCCAGUGGAGGUUCCACACCAUGCCGGGCAGCGCUUCCACCAACCUGCCCCGCGUGGACGACGUCCUCGCCUCCCUGCAGGUCUCCUCACACAAGUGCAAAGUAAUGUACUACACAGAGGUCAUUGGCUCCGAGGACUUCAGGUUAGUAGCUGUGUGUGCUUGUGUCUGUGAGAAAGCUCAUAUCAAAUACAGUGAGGAGAACAAGUAUUUGAUACACUGCCGAUUUUGCAGGUUUUCCUACUUACAAAGCAUGUAGAGGUCUGUAAUUUUUAUCAUAGGUACACUUCAACUGUGAGAGACGGAAUCUAAAACAAAAAUCCUGAAAAUCACAUUGUAUGAUUUUUAAGUAAUUAAUUUGCAUUUUAUUGCAUGACAUAAGUAUUUGAUCACCUACCAACCAGUAAGAAUUCCGGCUCUCACAGACCUGUUAGUUUUUCUUUAAGAAGCCCUCCUGUUCUCCACAUAUUACCUGUAUUAACUGCACCUGUUUGAACUCGUUACCUGUAUAAAAGACACCUGUCCACACACUCAAUCAAACAGACUCCAACCUCUCCACAUUGGCCAAGACCAGAGCGCUGUGUAAGGACAUCAGGGUUAAAAUUGUAGACCUGCACAAGGCUGGGAUGGGCUACAGGACAAUAGGCAAGCAGCUUGGUGAGAAGGCAACAACUGUUGGCGCAAUUAUUAGAAAAUGGAAGAAGUUCAAGAUGACGGUCAAUCACCCUCGGUCUGGGGCUCCAUGCAAGAUCUCACCUCGUGGGGCAUCAAUGAUCAUGAGGAAGGUGAGGGAUCAGCCCAGAACUACACGGCAGGACCUGGUCAAUGAGCUGAAGAGAGCUGGGACCACAGUCUCAAAGAAAACCAUUAGUAACACACUACGCCGUCAUGGAUUAAAAUCCUGCAGCGCACGCAAGGUCCCCCUGCUCAAGCCAGCGCAUGUCCAGGCCCGUCUGAAGUUUGCCAAUGACCAUCUGGAUGAUCCAGAGGAGGAAUGGGAGAAGGUCAUGUGGUCUGAUGAGACAAAAAUAGAGGUUUUUGGUCAAACUCCACUCGCCGUGUUUGGAGGAAGAAGAAGGAUGAGUACAACCCAAGAACACCAUCCCAACCGUGAAGCAUGGAGGUGGAAAAAUCAUUCUUUGGGGAUGCUUUUCUGCAAAGGGGACAGGACGACUGCACCGUAUUGAGGGGAGGAUGGAAGGGGCCAUGUAUCGCGAGAUCUUGGCCAACAACCUCCUUCCCUCAGUAAGAGCAUUGAAGAUGGGUCGUGGCUGGGUCUUCCAGCAUGACAACGACCCGAAACACACAGCCAGGGCAACUAAGGAGUGGUUCCGUAAGAAGCAUCUCAAGGUCCAGGAGUGGCCUAGCCAGUCUCCAGACCUGAACCCAAUAGAAAAUCUUUGGAGGGAGCUGAAAGUCCGUAUUGCCCAGUGACAGCCCCGAAACCUGAAGGAUCUGGAGAAGGUCUGUAUGGAGGAGUGGGCCAAAAUCCCUGCUGCAGUGUGUGCAAACCUGGUCAAGACCUACAGGAAACAUAUGAUCUAUGUAAUUGCAAACAAAGGUUUCUGUACCAAAUAUUAAGUUCUGCUUUUCUGAUGUAUCAAAUACUUAUGUCAUGCAAUAAAAUGCAAAUUAAUUACUUAAAAAUCAUACAAUGUGAUUUUCUGGAUUUUUGUUUUAGAUUCCGUCUCUCACAGUUGAAGUGUACCUAUGAUAAAAAUUACAGACCUCUACAUGCCUUGUAAGUUGGAAAACCUGCAAAAUCGGCAGUGUAUCAAAUACUUGUUCUCCCCACUGUAGGUCAUAGUAAAUGUAAUUUUUUUAAUCAUACUGUAUUUUGUGUUAUGAUUGUAUUGUAUCAUCACGUUUGUUCUAUUUGAUAUGUUUAGUAUACAAUAUUGACAUUAACAUUAAUGUCCAUUGUAGCCAUUAUGAAGUGCCAAGUGUAGGCUUCCCCUCCUAAAGAGAUAGACAGCCUUUUUACCCUCCACUCUUUCUCUUCAAUGUGCUCCUGUCCUCCUAUCGCUCAUCAACCCCUCUUCCACUCCUUCUUCUCUCUUCCUGUGAAGAGCGGCUUGCUUUGAUGUUCAAAGUUUGUAAGUGGACUUGUGUUCCCUUAGCUUUGCAUUGUGUUUGGUUGCUUAUGAGAACUCCCGUUUAACAGUUGGCGACAGCUCUGUAAGAUGCUAGCAUCCUGACCCUUCGCUUAUGGCUUUAUUUGACCUCACCAGCAAUGCUUUCUCUUUGUGCUUCAGUUAGAGAAAAGGCACUCACACUCACUCACUAAGCUAGCUAGUCUCACCCUUGCUUGCAUGAAUGACUAACAGACAUAUGCCUUUUAGUUUGAGUUGCCUUCCUCCUUUGCCACAAAGGGCUACCUGUAUUUCAGGGUUCCCCAAUUGCCGGCUCGCAGGUGGUUUUAUUUGGCCCCCAAAGUUUUUUGGCCCCGCAUGUUUUUUUGUGUGCAUUUUCAUUGUUGGACAUAAAAGAACUGUAAAAACACCAGGAAAUCAGCUCCAAGUGAUUUUUAAUUUAGGAAAUCUGCUCCAAAGUAUUCCCACGCAUAAUAGAGGCAUGUGAAGUACAUUUAAAAUUAUUAUGUUUUAAUCCAAGUAUGAUAUCUUUUUUGGGCUUCAUGCAAAUUAUUUGUAAUGAUCUUCCGGCCCCCCAACCAUCCGCUCAAGACAAAAUCAGCCCACAGCUGAAUGUAGUUGAUGAUCCCUGCUGUGUUUUUCUGCCUCUGCAAAUUGGUUGAUAAGGAUAAGUCUUUCAUUCAUGCCCCUCAAAACUCUCACUGAAGCAUGAGAGGCCAUGUUUUAGUCACUGUGGGUUAGAAGAACAACCUAUUUAGGGCAGUAUGCUAAAUUUAUGUCACAGAGUGGAUUCACCUCCCUUUGGUUUGACUUGCUGCAUGAUCUACACUAUUUGGCACUAGACUUGACAAAGCAGGAGCUGGGCAUCAUUAAUACCAGACCGUGGAUCAAAUACUAUUUGAAAUAAUUUCCUAUUUGACAAUAAAACAUUUUAUUUGUUUAUACUUAAGCUGUGCUUGAUUGAGCUUUCCUGUUUCAAUAUAACCAAUAAAAGAGUCCCACAAGCACAAACCCCUCCCACCUGUCACUCCUAAUGCAAACGCUCAAAGUAAUUGAAAGAUUUCAAAUAGUAUUUGCACCCUGAUUUAAGACCAUUUAGUAUGUAGUUCUAAAACCUUAGUUAGGCCAACAAUACGUUUUUACAAAAUUUAAAAUCAUACCUUAUUUCUCUCUCUCAGGGGCUCUAUGACCAGUUUGGAGUCGAGUCACAGUGGUUUCUCCCAGCUCAGCCACGCCACCUCCUCCUCUAACCACUCCCAGUCCAGCUCCAUGAUCUCCAGGUAG